GCGGCAUGUCAGUUUAGAGAGUGACUACCGGCAAGGGCCCCAUGGACGCUGGGAGACCGUUCACGAUUUCAUUCCCAGUGUGGGCAGUGGGCACCCAUGUCUUUCGGUUUAAGGAUAAGAAGAUAACCGCUAAACGUGACCGCGAGGAUAAGGGUUUGUCGGAUCGUCACAAGGAGGAACUGAACCUGUCCACCAACGACUGCAGCACGGACAUCUACCGUGACAUCAUCGCCGACGUGAAAGCCUUCCACAAACAGCGCACUCUGGGUUGUACUCUGCUAUACAUCAACGAGGGUGGCUACUGGUCGCCGACCAGCGACAGCGGAAAGCGUAAACGCCCUCUGGAUUCCAUCCAUUUGGCCGACGGCAUUAGCGAGGCGAUUAUCGCGGACAUCCAGGAGUUCUUCGACACGGCGGAAUGGUACGCGGACUACGGCGUUCCCUAUCGGCGCGGCUACCUGUUUCACGGGCCGCCUGGCACCGGGAAGACCAGCUUCAUCUCGGCGGUGGCCGGACACUUUGAUCUGGAUAUCUGUGCGGUUAACCUGAGCGACUCUAUGAUGACGGAUGAGAUGCUGCGUCGGCUGAUGUACGACGCGCCGGAGAACUCGGUUAUCUUGCUGGAGGAUGUGGAUGCUGCGUUUGGGGAUCGCGGGGAAUGGGAAACGGAAGCAUCGGAAGAAGCGAAAGAGAGAAAACCGACAAAGAAAGGCAAAGGCAAGAAAAAGACCAAUUCUUCUGCUGUCAAACAUAAGGUUAAUCACAACCUGACGUUGAGCGGACUACUGAAUGCGGUGGACGGGGUUGGUUCGGCAGAGGGACGGAUCAUUUUCAUGACUACCAACUAUGUCGAGCGAUUGGAUGCGGCAUUGAUUCGCCCAGGUCGCAUCGAUUACCGACAGUUAUUCGACUACGCCACCAAAUACCAAGUGGAAAGCAUGUUCCGCCGCUUUCAUCGCCAGUGCACGGAUGACGAAGCCCAGACUUUUGUUCAGGCUGUUUUCGGCCAGCUGGAGCGCCCCCAGAUCAGCAUGGCGAAAUUGCAGGGAUUAUUCCUUCGCCAUAAAAACCGGCCAGCGGAUGUAGUUUUGAGUGUCUCCUUACUACACGAAUGAUUCACACGUAAUGCAAGAUGUUAGAUUUGACGGCCUUCCAGUUCUCUUGCGCAUAUUGUAAUACGGUGGCAAGAUUAAACUAAACUAAACGAAAUUUUUCUGUUAUAGUCUAAUGUGUUCCUUUUCUUGCUUAUGCAUUGCGAUUUUGAUUUGACCAAUAAAAAGUUGAGUGGCAAGUGUUAUAAUAAUCGUGUUUACUCCGAAUGCCAUCUAAACUGUCCGACUAUAAUAUGUACAUUUCCGAUAACACUGUUUACGCACGAUAUUGAUUUGGGUGCAGCAUUUUAUCGCAUCGCAUCUGUACAAGCAAAGCAGUGCUGUCAUGUUCAGUGCCGACUUAGUGUUUGUUACUUACAAUUAAUGCAGAUUAUUGUUACUGGACGAACAG